GCUCCGCCCAGCCCGGCGGCGGGGGCGCGCGCCGCGUUGCCGUGGAAACGCCCGGUGGGGCGGCGCGCGCGCGGGGCGGGCUCCCGGCUUCCCGGAGCCGAGGCCCGCGCCGUUGGGCCGCAGCGCGGGGCAGGAUGUUGCGGCGCAGCCUGGAGAGCCGGGACGCGCAGACCAAGCAGCUGCAGGACGCCGUGAGCAACGUGGAGAAGCACUUCGGGGAGCUGUGCCAGAUCUUCGCCGCCUACGUGCGCAAGACGGCGCGGCUGCGCGACAAGGCCGACCUGCUGGUGAACGAGGUCAACGUGUACGCGGCCACCGAGACGCCCAACCUCAAGCAGGGCCUCAAGAGCUUCGCCGACGAGUUCGCCAAGCUGCAGGACUACCGGCAGGCCGAGGUUGAAAGACUUGAAGCCAAAGUUGUUGAACCUCUGAAAGCUUAUGGAACCAUUGUCAAAAUGAAACGAGACGACCUCAAAGCAACAUUAACAGCAAGGGAUCGAGAAGCUAAACAGUUAACUCAAUUAGAAAGAACACGUCAGCGAAACCCAUCUGAUCGACAUAUUAUUUCACAGGCAGAAACUGAAUUACAAAGAGCUACAAUAGACGCUACUCGAACAACUCGUCAUUUGGAGGAAACUAUUGACAAUUUUGAAAGACAGAAAAUAAAGGACAUAAAGAAUAUAUUUUCAGAAUUUAUCACAAUUGAAAUGUUAUUUCAUGGCAAAGCUUUAGAAGUCUACACUGCUGCCUUCCAAGAUAUACAGAGGAUCGAUGAAAAAGAAGAUUUAGAGGUAUUCCGAAAUUCUCUGUACCCAGCAGAUUAUUCAUCUCGUUUAGAUAUUGUAAGAGCAAACUCAAAGUCACCUCUUCAGAGAUCACUCUCAGCUAAAUCUGGGACAGGACAGGUAACCACUUGUCGGCUAAGAAAGGAUCAACAAGCAGAUGAUGAUGAAGAGGAUGAAGACUUAGAUAUUACAGAAGAUGAAAAUUAAUUUUUAUUUCCAUUUUCAUCUUAAAUUAUUUGGAAUUUGGGAUAAUUGUAAAACUUUAUACUGGCUUGAUACAGUCAAUGCCAAAAGGAAAUAGAAAAAUGGAAAAUCCAAAAGUUUUUAAAAACUACUAUACAACUAUCAUUUCAACAUUGUACCUAGUGGCACAUUAUCUUUUUGUAUUGAUUUCAUUUUUUUAAAUUAUGUACUUCAUAGUAAAGUAACCCAGUAUACUGUAUACCUACAUGAAGUUGUUACAAUAGUAAGUAGACAGUACCCAAAAGACGUAACACUUCCACUUGCUUUUAGAUUAACAUUAUUCCAUCACCGGAAAAUGGUACUACAUACUCACUCUGACUAAAUAUAAGUAUUUCAUAAACCUUAGAAAGACAAGUUUUCUUUUGUUCUUUGGCUUUUUAUCCAUUUUACUAAAAACCUAGUUUUAUCAUUUUUUAUGUAAAUUGGCUUUUUAAGAAAGCAAGAGUACUGUAAUCACUUGAUUAAAGGUAAAGGGAUACUAGGAUAUCACUGUUUCACACAUAUAUAUAUAUGUAGAACAAAGUUUUAAAAAGAAAGCCAUCAGUCUGAUUCUGGUUUGAAAAAUCAAACCACUAUUAUACAUUAUACAUGGUUCAGCAAUGUAUAAUUAGAAAAUUGUAAUUUUGUCUAAGAAAACAUUAUGGAAAACCAUAAAAACUCAAUUAAAAAAUCUGCCAAUUACCAUCUAUUUAAUGAACAGUCACUUAUUUCUGAAAAUAUAAAACAAGAGCCUUUCAGUAGAUAGCUUGAUGCUUUUCUUUGAAUGGAGAAUUGUACUUUUGCUAUUUCAUGGAUCACAGGCAUAUAAAACUUAUGAAAUUUAUAAAAUCUUUUGGGAUAAUCACAAAAGCAAUUAUAAUAGAAAAAUAAAGACUUUCUAAGGAUC